AACCACGAGCUUAUUGUGUCUGAAAGAUCACAAUUAUUGGUCCUUUCAAAAGUGGACAUACAAGUUGGUUGUCCAACUCCAACUAUGAAAAAAAUUGUCGCCAAUAAUAGAACUACUAUUAGUGAUAUAAAAAGCUCUCUUAACAAAUCUACUAGCUUGAAUGUUUCGAUUAAAACAAUUUUCAUGAAAUUGGUUUAUAUUCGCAUCAAAGUCACUUCUCAACGCCAAAAACGACUUGAACGAAAUAAAUGGUUAAUUAAACAACAAUUCACAAAACCUGAACCAAUGUGGUAUACCACAUUUCAUGCCAAAGGAGAAAUGGAGAAUACCAAUUCUGAUGCGUCAGAUAGAUCAAUAUAA